AUGCAGCCAAAAGAAAGGCGUCGUCUCCAACGGCAGAAGAAUGGUUAUCUUCCUGGUGUUUUCAAAGGACAAGACGAAGUUCGAAACAAAGAUAAGAAGCUUCCGGGGACUAGAGAAUUACACAAAGAAGCUCUUGAUCUUUGGCUUGACUUUACAGCUGACCCAGAGAACGGAUAUCAAGAUUUCAAGACAUUUGAAGGCUGCGCCCCCCCAAGCCAUGAAAUGGUGAAGGGAUUUAUGCGCUGGUAUGUCGAUUCUACCGUUGGCCGACUCGACGUCAAUGAAAAACCAACUGUGAGAACGAGUAAAGCGUGCGCAGAGAGGUUCUUCGGCGGAUUCAAAGAUUUCACCAAAACCGAGGUCCCUGAACAAGAUCGAAAAGAAAUAUAUGGUUCUGGCACCGUUGACGAUAAAUUGCAGUGGAUUAAAAACACAUUGACCAAAGACGGUAAAGUCGUGAACAAAAAAAAACAGAAAUACAAUUUCAAAAAGGACGACUUUCUGAGGGUUGUUGCUUCGAUGUGGAAAGCUGAUCACAAAAAGUUCAUCCCUGUGCUGAUGAAAGUUCAAAUUUUAUUUGCUCUUCAAUUAUACCUUUUUACGGGAGCAAGAGUUGGGUCCUUUAUGCCUUCGCAUAGCAACAAACAUGAAAGAGGACUCCGGUAUGAACACAUUGAUUUGGUCCUAUUUCCAUCACCUACCGCUCAAUGGGAAGUUGGAUGGAGAGUCAAUCAGACUUGGUUAAAGAAUAAUCGGGACCCAGAAUACACAAUUAAGCGAGCACCAUUUGCGUCUGGCGACCUUAUUCUUGGACUUGCGCUGGGACAUGGCGCCCUUUUCGCAAUCGAAAAUCGGUCAGACUUGGCAAAUUUUGAUCUGUCUAAUGGAGAAAUUCCAUUGCAAUGGAAAGAGAGCUAUUUGAAGAAACCCAUCUUCCGAAAUGUAACGGCUGGCGGGCCCAAAGAUACCCCUCUCACAAACCAGGACUUCUCAAUUUAUCUUCGCAUGCUCUUUGAUACGGCUGGAUACAGUGAGCACCCAACCAUACAUUGCAUCAGGCGAGAUCUAGCCCAAGAAGUUGAAACACAACGAGACCCGAAAACGUUUCCAGAACACUACCAAGCUCAUUGUUCGUCCGUAGACACAGUCUCAGCUAUGCUCGAUGAGAAGGUUGCAACAAAACACAUUAUGUUCUUCCAGGGAUACGGCCAGUUUUGUCAGCCAGGGCUUCCUCUUGAAUUACCUGCUCACAUGCAAGAGAGUGUUCUGACGCUACCUGAAAUGGUAGAGAUGAAAAUGAAAAUUGAAGUUGGCAAAGAAUGCAAUGAUCAAGAAGUCGUUCGAGUCAUGAAGCAGAAGUAUAAAGCAGCACUUGCUCGAAAGCAUCGAGCUAAGCUGAAGAAAUACCGAGCUUCAUGGGUACAAACGAAGCGAGACGAAAAAAUCCUAAAUCGCGGAAAGGGGGAGCCGGCACAAAAGAUAAAAAACACUUGCACACGUGCGCAAUACUUGAUUAUGCCAGAGCUCGCACGAAUUGCAGAAUCUAUGUCCUGUACAGAUGAGCUGACCUUUGAAGGAAAACUUUCCUUUGUGGAAGACCUCCACAUUCUUUGCUCUCGAAAAGAAGAUGUGAUCUAUCUUCCCAAUGAAGAGCCAAUCGAGGGUCUUUGUCCAGCAAAGGACUGCCAGAUAGAGAUUCAAAACCUUGCGAAAGGUAAGAGAAGCGCCCACAUUCACGAUUGCGUUCGACGUGAGACAGGACUCUUGCUUCAAGUCCCUGAAUCAUCGCUGCGCUAUUGCUAUGAGUGUAUGAAGUGGUUUCUAUUGCAAGAUUGGCAGGUGCAUUGUACUACACAUCUCCAGUCAUGGGAGGACCAGCACUGCGAAGUUGUCAAGUACCGCCACACAGUGAUUCGCCCCGCCUACUGCCCUUUCUGUUUGGGGAACCGUCAAAAGCCAGCCGAGGAGCGUUUACAGUAUUGGACACGUAGCGGUAAUUUACGAGAGCAUAUCGAAAGUCAACAUAUGCAGGAGAUCUCGUGGCCGCCAAAGGCGUCAAUUUGCGGAUGCUCUCAAACAUUUGAGAAUCAACGCGAACUCAGGCAUCACCUGCAUGACGUGCACGGGCUCAAUAAAACCAUUUGGAGAAAUCCAAAACCACCGAGGAAGAGAAAAGCAACCGACGGCAAUUUUGCUGUGAAACCCGAAGAGAAAGGUGCAAAGAAGCUGCGAUUUUCUCACUAUCUCCCCCGCCGCCAAGUAGAUGAGUCCCUGGUUUCAAACAAAAGAUCCAUUCCGAUCCCGGCCGCCACGUGCUUUAUCAUAGAGUCGCCCCAAGAGGAUUAUUGCUCGAGCAGUAGCGAAAGUCACUCAUCAGGUGCCAGAUGCAGCUCCGUGGAAACCGAUUUAUCCACCGCAAAUUCUCAAUCUAGCUCACUGCCGACAACCCCGGGAUCUGACGUAAUUGACCCGAGGAUACUUGAACCUCUGAAUAUCGCCAAGGAUACAGAACGCCAGGGUGGGAAUGAAACCUUUGAGCUAGGCUCACCUAAAGGCUGCUUGAAUGAGUUCGAUAGGAAAAUUUUUCCAUUCAACUACAUCUCAAAGUCGGCCCUUCCUGCUCCGACCACUGAACAGGCUGUCGUGGGGAGAAUACAAGACCAUGGUAGGGAUGAUGUUUAUACUAAGACUGGCAAUGAUGCUGAGAAUGAGAAGGAUGGGAGAAUCACUGCUGCACGAAUUGAAUCCACGAGCCCCCUUCAAUUCCGUGACGAAUUGCUUGUGAGAAAACCUGGUGGGGAUGGUAAGUCACUCGAUAUAGAGGCAUAUAGCACAGGUCUGUGGAAGGAACUGGCUGAAGUUCCCAGCAAACACCACAAAAAGGCGGUACCACCCGCGCUAAGGCCAAAUUUGAAUGACUUGCGCCAAAAACUCAAUGCAAGGGAUAGAAGGAAGUUGCUCGCACUCAAGAGCGAGAAGAAGACUCUCAGGCAGAUUGCACCUCAGUUCCCUCACCUUGACACAGGUUUCCUGAGACAGGCUUGGGGAGAAUUGAAGCCUUUCGAGAGAUGCACGAGAUCGCGAGUCUCAAGAAAUAGAUAG